AUGGUGUUUUCUGUCCUCCCCGCAGCUCUGAGAUUCAUGAACAAUUCAGCAACAAGCACUGUGAUGGAGUUCAUCCUUCUUGGCUUCCCUGGUAGUCAGGAGAUGCAACAUUUCCUCUUCUCAUUGUUCCUUGGAGUCUAUAUAUUUACCACGGUGGGAAAUGGGACCAUUGUCUGUGCUGUGAGGUUGGAUAAACGGCUCCAUACCCCAAUGUAUAUUCUCCUAGGAAACUUUGCUUUCCUUGAAAUCUGGUACAUCACUUCCACUGUACCAAAAAUGCUACUUAAUUUCCUCUCAGAGACAAAAACCAUCUCUUUUGUUGGCUGUUUCCUCCAGUUCUAUUUUUUUACUUCCCUGGGUACAACAGAAUCCUAUUUCCUCUGCAUCAUGGCAUAUGAUCGGUACCUUGCUAUUUGCUGCCCGCUGCAUUACCCAACCAUCAUGACCUCAAAACUCUGCUAUAUCUUGAUAGCUCUCUGCUGGACAUUAGGGUUCCUUAGUUACAGUGUCUCCACUGUGCAACUCUCUCAGUUGCCUUUCUGUGGGCCCAACAUCAUCGACCACUUUGUGUGUGAUAUAGAUCCACUGAUGGCUCUGUCCUGCGCCCCAGCUCCUAUCGCUGAGCUGGUCUUCUGUAUCCUGAGUUCCCUCAUCAUCAUCUCCACUCUUCUGUAUAUCCUGGGCUCCUAUACCCUUUUACUGAUCACUGUGUUGAAAGUCCCAUCUGCAGCUGGAUGGAGGAAGGCCUUUUCUACCUGUGGAUCACACCUGACAGUGGUGUGUUUAUUCUUUGGCGCUCUCUUGGUAAUGUAUGUGAGUCCAACAGCUGGUAAACCAGCCACGAUGCAAAAGACCAUGACUUUGUUUUAUUCUGUCGUGACUCCCUUCUUAAAUCCUUUGAUUUAUAGCUUAAGAAACAAGGAGAUGAAAAAAGCAUUAAGGAAGGUCCUGAAAAUAUAA